UGCAUUAAACACCCGGCAUCUCUUUCCAUUACACGACUCGUGGCUUUGUGUAAUGAAUCAAACCUACAGCCUGCCACUGUCAUUACGAAUGCAAAUGGGAGCACAGUCGGAAAUUGAUAUGAACGCGCGGUGAAUCAGCCCGCAGAAAACAGGAAUAAGCAGGAAAAAACCGUCGCUGUUACCAGUGCAAAAGAUGCAUAUAGCUCUUGACACAAAAUAAUAAUGUCCCGUUUCCCACGAGAGGACUGCAUCUUGUGCACAUCCCCCACAGUGAGUGCUCGAUGAUGUGUGAUUGAUGCUGGACUGCAGUAUCGAGGCAUCUUCUUUUUCCGCGCUGUGUAGUCGUAUAGGGCCUGGGCGUUUUUUUUAUAGUAGAAAAUGGCGGAGGGAGAACGGGAGGAGGUGAAGUAUUCGCGGUCGACGGUACGGGCAACAUGCUGUCAUCGCCCGCUGCUUAUCGUUGGAGUAGUCUGGGGACUGCUGACAGCUAUCGGCCUUAUUGCUGUUGGAAUUCAUACUCUCAUUACCUCUGCGCUAUUCUGGAUCGGCAUCUACCUGGUCGUCGUGGGCGGGAUCGUCACUGUGCUUGAGGUGGGGCUGAUCUUCGCAAACUGCGGAUGCUGCAGAGACAAAGGAUGUUGUCAGAAGUUUGGCAGACCAGUCCGUUGGUUCGACACGUGGAAGCGAGGCUGUCUGUACGUGCUCUUCGGCAUCGUGUGCUUCGUCGGCGUGUUUCGGAUCACUCUUGGAAUCAUAUGCGGCGUGAUGCUCGUUGUGGGAGGUAUCGUCUACAUCCUGAAGACAUGCAAAGACCGCCCUCUAUCGAAGACAAAACGGGGAGACGUUGACAGGAAGCAACUUGCCGAGGAAUUCAUGGGAGAACAGCGAGCCUGAUUGGGGCGCCCACUUACAGUGGGGGCCUUGCAUGCAUGCGCUUAUAAUUCUUUGUUUAAACAUAAGAGAAACUGAUGUCAUUUUAAAGCAAUUGGCUAAGUGUGCAGGCCAGUAAAUCGAUUUGAAAUUGCCUACGCCGGCCAAAUCACGAUUUGUAUGUUCUAAAAUUAUUUAGUAUUAGAGCAUUUGGGGGGCUGUGAACUUGAUGAUUUGUAGAAAAGAAGGUUGGAGGCCGUGCAGAGGACUGCAAGCUCGUAUUUCUGUGAA